UUAAGUACAUCGAGAGCACAUGUCAUUACUUCCGCUACUUCCCGGAAGUACGAACAUUCAUUUACCAAGAUGGCGACUCUCACAGUAAACCGACCACCGCUCGGCGGUUUUAAUUUCGAAAACUGCAAAAGGAAUGCAGCUUUGGAAUUUGAGGCUAAUAAAGUGGGGAGCAGUUUACCUGGUGCUCGGAAAACAGGAACUACAAUCUGUGGUGUUGUUUACAAGGAUGGUGUCGUCUUGGGAGCAGACACUCGUGCCACUGAGGGCAUGGUGGUGGCAGACAAGAACUGUUCCAAGAUCCACUACAUAUCCCCUAACAUUUACUGCUGUGGGGCAGGAACAGCUGCAGACACAGAGAUGACCACCCAGAUGAUCUCCUCAAACCUGGAGUUGCACUCACUCUCUACUGGUCGGAUGCCCCGUGUGGCCACUGCAAACCGCAUGCUCAAACAAAUGCUCUUCAGGUAUCAGGGCUACAUCGGAGCUGCUCUGGUCCUGGCUGGUGUGGACUGUCACGGUCCUCAUCUUUACAGCAUCUACCCUCACGGUUCCACUGACAAGCUGCCCUACGUUACCAUGGGCUCUGGCUCUUUGGCUGCUAUGGCUGUUUUUGAGCAUCGUUACAAGCCUGACAUGGAGGAAGAGGAGGCUAAACGUCUGGUCCGUGAUGCCAUUGCUGCAGGAAUCUUCAAUGACCUUGGAUCUGGAAGCAACAUUGACCUGUGUGUGAUCACCAAGAACAAAGUGGACUAUCUACGUCCCCAUGAUGAAGCCAACAAGAAGGGCGUCAGAACCGGUGACUACAAGUACAAGAGAGGAACCACUGGUGUGCUCACAAAGUUGUCAACCCCACUGAACCUGGAGGUGGUGGAAGAAUCUGUACAGACCAUGGAUACGUCCUAAAAUACUUCACUCAACACAAAUGGCAAUGUUAGUGUUCCAUUUUUUUCAGUUGUUUCAAUAAAAGUGUUUGGAAUUACUGUUGCUGAA